ACACACUAGUUUCUCUCUCUAUCCCCCUCCUUCAAACCCCUUCUUAUCUCUCCCUUUCGCAACGCAGCCCACGCACACAACACAACACGCAUUACCAAAGGGCUAAAGCAUAUCCCUUUGCUUCCUCUCUCUUUCUCUUCUUCUUAUCUCUCUCUUUCUCUACCUCGAGGUUUCGUCAUGAAGGGAGGAAAAUCGAAGGCUAAGGCUGAUACCAAGCUUUCUGUGAAGAAAGGUGCUGCCGCCGGGAAGAAGCCGGUGAAGAAGGGAAAGGCUGCCAAGGAUCCUAACAAGCCUAAGAGGCCUGCUAGCGCUUUCUUCGUUUUCAUGGAGGAGUUUAGGAAACAGUACAAGGAAAAGCAUCCAAAUAACAAAUCUGUGGCAGCUGUUGGUAAAGCUGGUGGAGACAAGUGGAAGUCCAUGUCCGACGCUGAAAAAGCUCCAUACAUAGCUAAGGCUGAUAAGAGGAAGGUUGAAUAUGAGAAGAAUCUUCAGGCUUACAACAAGAGACUGGCUGAUGGACCUGGAGCCGAGGAGGAGGAAUCUGACAAAUCUAGGUCCGAGGUUAACGAUGAUGAGGAGGAUGAUGAGGAAGGAAGUGGAGAGGAGGAGGAUGAUGAUGAGUAAAGGGACCGUGGGGGGCCAGAAGUUUAGGAUGUGAAGAAAAAUGUCAUGACCUCUACCUUUUGAUUAGUAGUAUCCUAAGAUAAAUAGUUUCUUUUUUACCUUUUAUGGUUUUUAAUUUUUUUUGAAGAGGUUAGUUGAAGAAGAAAAGAAAAAUUAGUUUUCAGUAGCCAGGCAGUUGCUUAAGCUGCGUCCAUGGCUUUGUACUUUUAUCCUUUUCUAUUAUGCUUAAUGAUAAUGUAGUUAGAAUUUGUCUUCGUUUG